AGGAUAUCUAAAUACUUACUUUGUGAGUGGCGAAAGAGGUGGUCGUGUUUCAUAAAGGAUUUGCUAGAGUGAUAAAGAUGGCGUUCGACGAGGGUAAACAUCCUCUUUACCCUUACACCGAAGAAGAGAAACUGGAGAUAAGGAAACAGCUGGGAAUGAAAGAGACAACAAUACAAGACGACAUCGACGCAAUCAUGGAUUGGUUUAAGAAACAGCCACAGUUAGUGGAUGCUGGAAUUACCAGGGCUAUGGUGGAGCGUAUCCUAAUUAUCGCUAAAGGUUCCCUUGAGAAGACGAAACAGAGAAUAGAUGCAUUGUACAAACACCGCUCCCUCGCACCGGAGCUGAUACAAAACAGGGAAAGGGAAUUGUCGCCGCUUAGUGGUGACUUGUGGUCGUUUUAUCGCCAAGCCGCAAUGCCAAAGUUAUAUAAAGGACACAGGAUAUCUGUCAUCAAAAUUGACAAUCCAGAUCCUAACAGCUUUUUUGUCGAUGCACUGUUCAGAAACACAUUUAUGUUGGGCGAUAUAAGGUUGCAACACGACUACAUGCUUGGUGAAAUAUGGGUUAUAGACAUACAGCAUGCAGUCAUAGGACAUCUACUAAGGCUUAACCCGAUCAUAAUGCACAAGACGGCCCAAAUCUUCCAGGAAGGGCUCGGUCUGAGAGUAACAGCUAUGCAUGUAUUGAAUUGUCCAAGCUACGGGCAGACACUUAUGAACGUAAUGAAGCAGUUUUUCAAGCCUAAACUCCUGGAUCGAACAAUAUUCCAUAAAAGCUUGGAAGAUUUGCACGAGUACAUCCCGAAACAGUAUCUGCCUUUAGACUAUGGUGGCGAUGAGCCUUCGUUGAAAGAAUUCAAAGAGAUGUACGAGAAAGAAUUCAAAACGGAAAGAACAAAGCGGUUCCUGGUGCAAUGUAGUAAAUUAAUCUCAAAUGAAAGCAAAAGGCCCGGUCAAAUCUACGAGGAGCAAAUGACCGGGUCCUUCAAGAAACUAGACCUUGAUUGAGAAGAAAUGUGCUCAUUGCAGAAACAAAGAAACAUCGGGACUAGGAUGGGAAUUACGCAUUCAAAGACAGUGCUUGAAUUUGGGGAAAUCCUUAAGCAUCGACAGGGUCAAUGCAUGCUUUAUAAAGCAACGAAUACCCAUGACUAGGAAAAUGACGCUAUAUUAAGUG